GCGAGGAUGGCGGCGGCGGGGGCGGCCGGGGAUCCAGAGAAGGUGCGGGGCAAGUACGCAGCGCUGUCAUUCGCUACCGUGGCCAUCGUGGUGGGGCUGCCCCUGUGGUGGAAGACGACGGAGACGUACCGGGCCUCCCUGCCCUACAGCCAGAUCAGCCAGCUGGGCGACCUGCGGCUCCAGCUGACUGUACCCAUCUCAGUGGUCUUUGCCAAGGGGGCACUGCCCAUUGAGGCCCAGAGGAAGCUGCCUUACACAGACACCCAGGAGAGAAAGAUCCCCCUCAAUUACAAAAUGACCAUCAACUGCCUCUUUGAGAAGUCCUACCGGAACACCAUAGACCAGGAGGAAGUGGCUCUGGGCCUCGCCAAUGUGCAAGAGGCUGAUGCUGUGUUAUCACUGGUGCAGGAGGCCCCGGAGGGCAUGCUGACUGUGUACGUGGUCCCCGAAGCCUCCUCGCUGCUCCCCCAGGACGUGAUGGGCUACGUGGGGAAGCGGCGGGGCGCAGUGGUCCGGGGGGCGAGGGGCCAGCAGGCCCUGGCGCUGGUGGAGCAGCGGGUGCAGCAGGUGAUCCAGGCCACGUCGGUCACCGACGACGUCCUUGCGGCCGCCCUGGCCGAUCGCCUCUCUGGGGACAAGUGGAGCUCAGACCGCCGGCGGCCGCUCAAGUCCAGCCUGGGUUACGAGAUCACCUUCAGCCUCCUGAACCCGGAUCCCCGGUCCCACGACGUAAGAUGGGCCAUCGAGGGGGCGGUGCGCCAUUACGUGCAGCCUUUUCUGGACAAGCUGCGGCCCGCCGCCAACUUCUCCGUGGACUCCCAGAUCCUGUACUAUGCGAUGCUGGGGGUGACUCCCCGCUAUGACACCGCCUCAGCCAGCUACGUACUGCCAGUUCACAGCCUCCCCCAUGUCAUCAACCCUGUGGAGGCCCGGCUGGGUUCCAGCGCUGCCUCUCUCUACCCGGUGCUCAACUUUCUCCUGUACGUCCCCGACCGAUCCCAUUCCCCUCUGUACAUUCAAGACAAGGACGGAGCCCCCGUCGCCACCAACGCCUUCCACAGUCCCCGCUGGGGCGGAAUCAUGAUUUAUAACGUGGACCUCAGUGCCAGCAAUGCCACCGAGCUGCCCGUGCGGGUGGAGGUGGACAUGGUGCGAGUGAUGGAAGUGUUCCUGGCGCAGCUGCGGCUGCUCUUCGGGAUCUCCCAGGCACAGGUGCCCGCCGACUUCCAGCUAGAGAACCCGGGGAACGAGGGGCUGGCGGCUUGGGAGCUGGACCGGCUGCUGUGGGCCCGGACCGUGGAGAAUAUUGCCACAGUGGCCACCACCCUGACUUCUCUGGCCCAGCUGCUGGACAAGAUCGGGAACAUUGUCAUCAAGGACGAUGUGGCCUCGGAGGUGUACCAGGCGGUGGAGGCGGCCCAGAGCGCAGCAGCAGAGCUAGAGGCGGGCCGGCUGGGCCCCGCCUUCCAGGCCAGCCGGACGGCGGUGACCUCAUCAGAGAGGGCCUUCUUCGACCCCUCCCUCCUGCACCUGCUCUACUUCCCCGACGACCAGAAGUUCGCCAUCUACAUCCCCCUCUUCCUGCCCAUGGCCGUGCCCAUCCUGCUGUCACUGGUGAAGAUCCUCCGCGAAGCUCGGCAGGCCCGGAAGGAGUCCCUGAAGACGGACUGAGACCGCCCGGCGGAGGACGGGCGAGGGGGGACGCCUCCGCCUUCCAUUCAUAGAGACCGGAUUGGGUCGUCUCCUUUCCGGGGGACCUAGAGAGGCCUGAACCAGCUGCCUCCAGCCCCCGGGUGCCUGAAGAGACGGGGUGAGGGCCCCACUCUCCUAGGGCGACCAGGGUGCCAACCCUGGACUCCAGCCCUCAGGCCGGCGAGGCGUCGGUCUCUGGACUCAGCCCUCCGGGGUCACGCCAGCCCCGUCUCGAUCGUCUCCCGCUCUACCUCCCGCGCUCUCCCUGACAUUUGCAGUCACACUGGCCAGACGAGGGUUGGGUGAGGGGCCGAGCCUGGGGCCGUGGGGAAUAAAAUCCCCAGAGGCCCCGCCAUCUGCGCCUGCUUUCCUCCAGCCCCUUGGAGUGGGGUCCUGCACACGGAGCCAGGACUGACUGGAAGGCUGAACCCGGCGAUUGCCUGGCUCCCUCUCCGGCGCUGACCCGAGGAGGGUGGGAGAAAAUGGUGCAUUGGUGGCUCUCAGAACCCACGGUGCUGGGAGCAGAGCCGGGUAGGUCAGGGGCCCCCCAAGAUGGUGGCAAGAGGGGUGGGAGCUGGGAAGGGGCUGGGUGGCACUGGGGGCCGGAGUCCAGUUCCUUUCUUCUCAGAGGAGCUAUUGGGGCCUGGCUGGCUGGAUAAACGGUGGGAAGAGGAGGUGGCCGCGAUAGAGCAGGGCCGCGAUGGUAAAGCCUGGAUCUGCUCCGGGCUUUGAUUCCGUUCUGGCUCCCCCGCCCCCUCUCUCUUCCCCCUCUCCCCCCCAAUCUGGUGGGCCACGGCACCUCCCCUGCCCCCGGACCCCUUCGCAGUGUCGACCCCAAUCCGGCCUCGUUUGGACCGGCCGCCAUCGUGGCAGGGGGCGGCGAGGCGGGACGUGGGAGGGUUAGUGUAGAGUCCUGUAUGUCCUCCCUGUCCCUUACCUCCUGAUCUCCACUGGCCUUGGGUUGAAGGAACCCGGGGCGCAGAGGGGGUCGUCCAGGACUGUGUGCCGGACCUUAUCCUUUCCGAUCCUCCCCCCGGUUCCAAGGAAGGGCCGCUGUCCUGCCCCCUCCCUCGCUCCCAUGUGCUCUGUUGAUCUCUGACUCCUCCCCUCCCGCUGGCGCUGAGAUCUCUACGUUCCAGCCUGAUUUGCCAUCUGCUGCUAGUGGGCUCUGGGCCUGAACCAACUGUUACGCUCCCCACCCGGCCUUCCCCCGCUUCACUCGCUUCUGGUCCAGCCAAUAAACAAGUGCAUACUGAGCUUUCAA